CUCUAUCUUCUAUAAUAACCACAACAUUUUAAGCCUUUUCUUUAAUUUCAAUCACAAUUUGCAUACAUGGCUUCUACAUUUUUGUGCAUUGUUCUUCUUUUUCUAGCACAAUCUUCCCCGUUGGCAUCAUCAGCGUCCAAUAAUCUCAAACCCGGAUCGUCUCUCUCGGUCGAAAAUUCAGCCGACAAAUUGAUCUCAACAAAUGGCAUGUUUUCAGCUGGAUUUUUUCCGGUGGGUGAAAAUGCGUAUUGUUUCGGGAUAUGGUUCACCGAGCCAGCAGCAGCCGACGCCGCCACUCAAAACCUCACCGUCGUUUGGACGGCCAACCGCGACCAGCUGGUCAACGGUAGGGGAUCCAAGUUCACCCUACAAAAAAACGGCAACCUUAUUCUAACCGAUGCUGGAAAAUAUACCAUUUGGUCCUCCAACACUGUUUUUUCUAAUUCUCUGGCCCAGUUAAUUCUCGAAGACAACGGAAAUCUUGUACUUCUCACUCUCAAGGGUGUUGCUUUGUGGGAAAGCUUUGCUUCCCCCACAGACACACUUUUACCACAGCAGCAACUUACUAGGAACACAAAGCUUGUCUCUUCAAGAAGCCUCACUAACUGUUCAUCCGGGUUCUACUCUCUAUUUUUCGACAAUGAUAACACGCUUCGGCUUCUUUACGACGGCCCAGAGGUUUCGAGCAUAUACUGGCAUGAUCCUUGGCUGCUAAGUUUGCAAGCUGGAAGGACAACUUACAACAACUCUAGGGUUGCAGUGCUAGAUGCUUUGGGGAAUUUCAGUGCAUCGGAUGGACUUAAUUUUAUGUCAUCAGAUUAUGGCGUGAAGUUGCAGCGAAGAGUGAAGGCGGAUGUUGAUGGUAAUCUCCGAUUGUACAGUCGAAAAAGCCCGGGAGAUAGAUGGGUUGUUUCAUGGCAAGCAAUUGCUGAACCCUGCAAAAUUCAUGGCAUUUGUGGGCCUAAUGGUUUGUGCACGUAUGAGCCUAGUUCGGGUCGAAAAUGCUCGUGCCUUCCAGGCUACGAAAUGAGAAACAAAAACGACUGGGCUUAUGGAUGCCAGCCUACUACAGAAGGUUUCAAUGUGUCUUGUAAAAGUAGUACAGCUCGAGAUCAGUUCGACUUUAUGUAUCUUCCGAGGGUUGAAUAUUUCGGGUACGAUUACUUCAUUUACGUUAACACGUCAUUAGAAAAGUGCAAAGCUAUAUGCUUAGAGUUAUGCAACUGUCCAGGUUUCCACUACAAGUUUGGAGGUGGCCAUCACAAUUGUUAUCCCAAGACUCAAUUUCGAAACGGUUAUCGCACGCCUGGUUUUACAGGAGAGCUGUAUCUGAAGCUGCCCAAAUCCAUCCUUUCUUCGUAUAAUGCUACUGCAAAAGGAUUCAACAUGUGCUCGAGCAAACUCACAAGCCAGCUUUCCAGAACAUAUGAGAAAAAAAGUACAAAUGGUUCCGUCAAUUUUAUGCUGAAAUUUGCAUCUGCAUUGGGGGGUCUUGAACUUAUCUGUAUCAUUGUUGUGUGGUAUUUUGUGAUGCGAAGCAGCGAAGAGAAAGAAGAGUCGGAUGUGGUUACACAAGGCUACCUUCAUGCUGUAACCGGUUUCAGAAGAUUUAGCUACUCCGAGUUGAAAAAGGCGACACGAGGUUUCAAAGAAGAAAUUGGGAGAGGUGGGGGAGGAAUUGUGUACAAAGGCACAUUGUCUGAUCAACGCGUCGCAGCAAUCAAGCAGUUGAAUGCUGCAACCCAAGGGGAAGCAGAGUUUUUAGCGGAAGUGAGCCUGAUUGGGAAGCUUUACCACAUGAACUUGAUCGAAAUGUGGGGCUAUUGCGUGGAAGGCAAGCACAGGCUUCUGGUUUAUGAGUACAUGAAGAAUGGUUCCUUGGCUGAGAAGUUAUCUUCCAAUGUGCUCGAUUGGAAUCAAAAGUUCGAAAUUGCUGUGGGGACAGCAAAAGGGCUGGCUUAUUUGCACGAAGAAUGCUUGGAAUGGGUACUACAUUGUGAUGUGAAGCCUCAAAACAUACUCUUGGACUCGAACUAUAACCCGAAAGUGGCGGAUUUUGGCUUGUCCAAGCUUUUAAACCGAAGUGAAGUCAGCAACUCGAAGUUUUCGAGGAUACGAGGAACAAGAGGCUACAUGGCACCGGAGUGGAUUCAGAACAUGCCCAUCACUUCUAAAGUGGAUGUUUACAGCUAUGGGAUUGUUGUAUUGGAGAUGGUGACCGGAAAAAGCCCGGCGGAAGGUGUUCAAUCAUCGGAAGGUGGAGGGGAGACGCAGAAGAAGAUGAUGGUUUCACGGGUGAGGGAGAACAUGAACGGAGGAUUUGAAAAUACAGAGAGCAAGAAGGGAGAAGGGCUCAUGAAAGUGGCUCUUCGGUGUUCGGAGGAAGACAGAGAUGCAAGGCCUACUAUGACGCAAGUAGUUGAGAUGCUUCUACAGUAUCAAGAUGACUGAGAGUCCGAGAUUGGAAACUCUUUAAGGUUAUAUUUUGGAAAAAAACCGCUUAGGUUUUUUUUUCUUCCCUAAUUUGAUAAAAACUGUAUCGAUGUCCAAUAAUGUUACUCAGUUUAUUUUUUCC